ACUCCGUGCCCCGUACACCAGCUUCCCAUAUACUCGACCUAAAUCCCCCACAAGGUUCACCGCUAAGACCCUCGCGUGCUCACACCAUGGCGACAAAGCGAAUCGAGCAGUGGGAAAUCGAGCGAUACUGGGAGAUCUUUGCCUCGCUGUCCAAUGGCCAACCGCGCCUAAACAACUCCCAGGCGGCCUCGGUGCUCAGGAAUAGCCGUCUCCGCGAUGAUCAAUUGGAGAAGGUCUGGGAUCUGUCCGAUGUGGACGGCGAUGGGGAGCUGGACUUUGAGGAAUUCUGCGUCGCCAUGCGCUUAGUGUUCGACCUGGUCAACGGGGAGCUGCAACAAGUCCCGGAUGUCUUGCCCGACUGGCUCGUCCCGGAGUCCAAAUCCCACCUGGUUCACGCCACCCGGGCACUGAGCGACCGCCCGGAGCAGUUCGAGCGGAUAGAGGACGAAGACGAGACGCUGGGGUUGAAAGACGGAUUCGACUGGUAUAUGAAACCGGAGGAUAAGUCCAAGUACGAGGAGAUCUACUCCGCCAAUAGGAGCCAUCGCGGCGAAAUCACCUUCGAGUCGCUGCAGCCGCUGUACGAAUCCCUCGACGUCCCCGACACCGACAUCCGCUCCGCUUGGAACCUCGUGAACCCCUCCGCAUCCCGCUCCAUCAACAAAGACGCCACCCUGGUGUUCCUGCAUAUCCUCAACUACCGCCACGAGGGCUUCCGCGUGCCCCGCACCAUCCCGGCCUCUCUCCGCGCCUCGUUCGAAAACAACCAGAUCGACUACCAGGUCGACAAUGCGCGCCCCGCGCAGCGAUGGGGCGCCAACGGCGACACGGAGACGCCCACAGGCCGCAAGACCCGGUUCGGCGACACCUACCUGAGUCGGCUGGGCGCGGGCGGCAAGACGUCGUACACGCCCAAGGGCACGGACUUCAGCGACACGAUCCAGGACGAGGAGUGGGAGAAGGUGCGUCUGCGGCGGGAGCUGGCGGAGAUUGAGUCGAAGCUAGAGGCGGCCAAGAAGGCAUCGGAGGGCGGGCCGCGCGACCAGCCCCGCAACGACGGCCGUCCGAACUGGACGCUCAUCAAGAAGGAGGCGCUCCAGCUGCUGGAGUAUAAGGAGCGCGAGCUACGCGAGAUGAGAGAGGGCACGGGAAGAUCCCAGGAGGGCCAGAACUUGGAACGGCUACGGGAGGAUGUGCGGACGGUCGCCGAACAGGUCGAUGGACUCCGGAGCCAUCUGGCGACUCGGACGGAGGCGCUGGACGAUCUGCGGGGACAGAUCGAACAGGAGAAGCUGUCCCGAUAGGCGGGUUCUUUUUUUCCCUUCUACUUUGGCGUGUUUUAUCUUGUUCUCUUUCUUAAUUGCCACUGGGAAUCGAUUAAUCGUGAUUCCUGUUUUCGUCUCGAUGUAUAGCCACACACAUCCUUGGGCGAGGAGUCUGGGGCGUUUGAAUGAUUUCCUUCGUUUUAUUGUUGCUUUUGACCUUCUGUUCUUGUUUAGAUUUUGGAUUAUU